AGCUACAAUGCUUAUUCAAACACGGUUACGGGGACAGGGACGAUGACGGCGGGAGCGGGGACAGGGAUGGCUACGACAGCAAUCACACCUGUACAAUAUUCCCAUGGGCCGGUGAUAUACGGGCCAAACGGACAGAUACAAUCACCGUUACAAAUCACCGUAGCGAAUAUACUGCCAUCUGCGAACGAAAUGGGCACGUCGCAAAUCACGACGAACGAAACUCAGCUACCGUUGGUACCGUACGGAUCCACGUCUCAGAAACAAUUGAGCAGACCCUCCUUCAUCGUUCCACCGGCGGAUGUGCAAAUAAUUAUCGACAAAAUGGCGAGUUACGUUGCGAAAAAUGGUAGGGAUUUCGAGGCGAUCGUGAAAAACAAAGGAGACCCAAGAUUCAAUUUUCUCGAAUUGUCGCACCAGUAUCACGGUUAUUACGCGCAUAAGUUGACGAUAUACGAGGGUGCGGUGAAUCCGAAGGUAUUGACGGAGGAGGAGUUGUUGCAGAAACAGGAGCCGCAGGAGGAGAAGCAAAAGAAGUUGGAGGAAUUGCAGAAGAAGCAGCAGAGGAUGGAAGAGGUUCAGAAGAGAGUGAAGAUGAUACAAGCGAAAAAGAAGUGCGAGCCCAAGUUGAAAGAAACGACGAUAUCGACGGCGACGGGCACCGCUACGGCGUUGGCAACGGGGGCAGGGGCGGGGACGACGGCGGCAACGACCACGACGACGAUGUCGACGAGCACGACGACGACAACGACGACGAUGUCGACGACGACAACGACAACGACGACCACCACCACCACGACGACGAUGAUGGCAACGACAACGGCCACGAUGACUACAACCACAACUAUGACGACCAUGUCGACCAUGUCACCAAAGAUGACCACGACGAUGAUUAUGACGACGACCACGACCACGAUGACGACGACAGCGGCAAUGGCUGCCACGACGACGACGACGACGACGACGACGACGACGACGACGACAGCAGCGGCAACGACGAGCGCAGAGGGUGUAAAACAGAUAACGACGGUGUCGUUCUCGAUAAAGAAGCCAAAGGACGGAGAGACGGGGGUGAUCGAGAAGCGAAACGCGCUUUUACUGGAGGAGAGCGACGAGGAUAUGGAGGAGGAGAGCAAGGAGAGCAAUUCGAAGCCGAGCUCGCCCCAAGAUUCGAACGAGCAGUGUUCCCUGCUCGUUCUCGGGACGUCGGUGGAGAAGGAGGUGGUCGGUGGAGGGUGGAAGCCGGAGAAAAAGUGGAAAAACGAGGAGAAGGAGUUGGUAGAUCUUACGGACGAGAUUCUGGAGGAUUGUCAGAAGGAGAUUAGGCACAAACAGGCCUCGGAAGAUAGAAUAAAGGAUAAAUUGGUCGCGGCGGCGCGUGAUAAAUUGGCGGCCACCUCGAGGGAGAGGCAGCUUCAGUUGGAGAGGAAGAAGAAAGCGGCCGCGUUUUUGAGCCAGAUACAAAGCAGCGGUUUACCAAAGGGGGCAACGGCGACUAAUGCAAAUCAGUUAGGGACGAGGAAAGACGAUUCGGACGAAGUGCAUUCCGUUCCGUCGCCAUCCCCCUCGCCCUCGUUGGAAGACGCAAAAUCUUCCUGCGACUCGAGGAGCACGGGUGGAAAUUCUUCUUUAAUGGACAGAUUGAAGAGCGCCGAUUUGACCGGGAAAAGGUCUAGGCCGCGAUCGAGGAGUCCGAGUGGAAGUCGAAGUUACACAGAUAGGCAAAAGUUUCACAAGAAACAUAAAAAGAAGAAAAGUUCUCACAGAAGGUAACGCGACUUUUUCGAUCGAUUUAGAUCACGUGUAACACUUACGUUCGACGCGACGUAGCGACGACGCGAUCAUUAUCACUUGGUUAAUUACUCGACUCUCUCUC